AUGAUCGAAGACGUGGCGGUCUUUGAACAAGCCGCGAAGAAGUCUUGGCAGUCGUUUAGCACCAUGCGGCGCUUUGUAGACGAAGCCACGCGCCUGGAGAACACGAGCUGGCGUCUCUGGUUCAUGCAGGGACGACAUCGUCCUGAUUCAAGCGAUGGAAUCGACGUGGACCACGUGACUGAAGAGUUGCGGCUGCUCUGUGUCUAUUGUGAGCUGCACAGCGCUAGUUUGAGCUGUCACGGCUGCUGCCACGAUGCGUACUGUAUCAGUUGCUUUAAGCUGAUUCACAAGAAGGGCAACUUGGCUACUCACACGGCCGUCAAGAUCCACCAUCAGCACAUGGAAGGGCAUGGAGACGGUGGCGGUGGUGGUAGUAGCAGUGGCGCGUCUACUGUUACUGAAGAAGCGGAUCUGUCCACGACGUCGCUUUGGUCGAUGCGAAAGAAGAACGUGAAAAGUGACGUGGCAAAUGUGGGUGGAGGAGAUGCAUCGGGUUCGCUACAAAAGGCGGGGGAGUUUAGCACGAACAAGCCAUGGGAACUGCAGAUGGAUAUGCUGUUGCAACGACUUAUGGUGAACAGUAUACACAGCGAGCUCGACGUCGGUGUGCACAAUAUUGACGCUCGUGAUACGUUGGAUACUUUGACGACGGACGCCGAAGGCACGGCCCCGCUGCUUUCGAUUGGAGGCACAAGUGAGUCGGACGAGAAGUCGAACCAGGCAGUUGUGGCAGCUGCAGUUGCCGCUGCUGGUCGGCAUCGAGCACACUCGUUGACAUUUGAGGAGAAGGGGAAGACUCAUUCGCCUGUGAGACCGAAUGGGAUCCAUCCGUCACUUCCUCCCGGUGUAGAUGGCAACAUUCCUGAAGGCAUGGCACUGCCAACGAGUUUGUUUCCAGAAAACCGACCGCGAGCCAACAGUCGUCGCACGGACUCGCAGAUAUGCGCGAACUGUAGUGGGAACCAUAUAACGGUCGAGUGUCCUUUGUUGGAAAGCGCGUUUUUGCCUUCGACGAGUGCGGUAACGUCUGGAGGCUCCGGCGUUGACACAGUGCUGCGGAAGUGUUAUACCACAAUCCAUAACAGCAACAUGGCCAACAGUACGCACGCAUUCCUGGGCGAUGAAGUCAGCGUUCGGGGAGGCAGCAAUUUCGCAAACAUGAAGCAAUGGCCAUCCGGCAACGCCUUACAGCAGAUGGACCGGCCAUCACCGUUCGGGAUGAACGUGAUUGCCGAAGACAACUCGAUGGCAAACGAUGAUAUCGUUCCGAUGCUCGGAAAACUUGCAGUGCCGAAUGCAGGAGGUCGUCUUCACUCGUGGAGUGCUGACUCAUGGUUGUUAUCAUGCUUGGCAACUGAACUGCCUUCCGACGUGUUUGAGCAGCAACGCGAGCUAGGAAGGGGAGACAAGCAUCGAUCCUUUUCGGCUGAAGCUGACUCGAUGAAGAUAGCGCGCACAGGUUGGGCUCACGUGAAGGUGCAAGAGCGAAAGUGGUGCAAGCGCUUCAUGUCUUUGUACCGCAACAAUCUCUGGGAGUACUUGGAUACAAACGAAGCGAGUCGGCCAGUGGGUCAUGCCAACCUGUCGGAGGGAUCUGUGCAUCCGCAACACCAAAGCACGGUCGACUUUGUACUGAAGUACAACAGUCACUCAUCAGAUUUGUCGGCAUGCAAUGAGGUGUGGCUCAAAUUCGAUUCCAAGAAAGACGCGAAGCAGUGGAAGGAGGUGAUAACGCGGGCAACCACGCUGGACAUUGACGACCUGUUUGACCUUACUCCAGAUUCUCCUACAGGAACACCGAGAAAGAACUUUGAGCUGGGUAAAGGACGUUUUUCGGUUGUUCGUCGUGCACGCCGGAAACAGCAAUGGGGUGACUCCUCUUGCUCGCGAGAUUCCGCUCUCAAGAUCGUCGAAAAGAAGAUGUUUUGGGAUUUGGUUGCUCGUGAUACAGAACGCGAAGACACGGUGGUGCGCGAAAUUUUGACGCAGAGUCUGCUGACGGUCCGAUCGGGCUCUUCAUACUGCCCAGUGAUUCGGCUUCAGUCGCUCUUCGAAACGCGUGACCAUCUAGUAAUGGAGAUGGAGCUCAUGCGAGAUGGUGAUCUCCAUGAAGAAAUUGCAAUGAAAAGUGCCGUGGACGAGACCCGUGCGUCGUUCUUGAUCGCUAGUCUUGUACAGGCAAUCGAUUACUGUCAACGGAAUGGCGUUGCUCAUCGAGAUGUGAAGCUCUCGAAUCUUGCGCUCGACUGUGGACGUAGUAGUACAAGCGGAAAAGAGUACUCGGUGAUAAAAAUCGCCGACUUUGGCAUGGCCGCAUUUAUUCAGCCAGACGGAAUGUUAAGGGGGCGAUGCGGGACCCCAGGUUUUGUCGCGCCGGAAAUUCUCUCCGCUGGCAAAGGUCAAGCAUACCUUAGCGGAGUGGACAUGUUUUCUGCUGGCGUUGUGGCCUACACGAUGUUGUGCGGCUACGAGCCUUUUUUCGGUGUGAACGACGAGGAGCUCAUUCAAAUGAACAAGCGAGUAGACUACGAGUUUGAAGAACCAGAGUGGGCUAGUAUCUCCGACGAUGCAAAGGACAUGAUAUGUCGUAUGAUGGAGAAAGACCCUUACCAGCGAAUCACACCGAAGGAGGUGUUGAAGCAUCCAUUCCUGCGCGAAGCAAACAUUGUGCUGGAGGAGCUUUUUCGAGAGCAAGAACCGAUCCAUCCAACUCGAUUGCUAUGA